ACAAGACAAUAAAUUAGCUGAUUUAACCGUAGUGUACUCUCUAUUUACUUUCAGUACAUGUCAGUUUAAUUAAUCCUGUUUAUAACGUGUUUCAGUUCUCUCAAGUGUCUCAGAAGUGCAGCACUCUAACAGAAAGUGCGAGGUCUGAACAUAUGUCAACAUUGCUCGUAUGAAGCUCUACAGCGCAAUACGCAUGCUUUUAGGUUUGAGUUGGAGCUGUACUUAACUUAAUUAAAGCAAACGUAAUACGUAAUGGUUGUGGACACCAAGCAGACAGGCUCAAUACAGGAUGAAGGCUUUUCAUAAACAGUACACCUACCCCAUAUCUGUCACUGUACCGCCAGGCAACAGAGCAGCUUCUUUACUCUAUUAUUUGAGAGCCCCUGAACUCAUCCUCACCACUCCACCAUUUCUCUUCUUGUGUAGCAUAAAAUGAAGCACAAGUUGGGUUUUGUUGAACCUCCAUUUUUAUUUGUUCAACUGACGGUAGCAAUGGUUCAUUAAUCAGGGGUUUGGUGGUUUGAUCCUCAGUCCCACCCUGAUCAGCAAACUGAUACUCUCUGUAAACAUAGUCAAAGUCCAAAGCUGGUGUAAAAGGACAGUUCUAUUUACAUUGUUUCUGCUGAGUCAUGCUUUUAAUUGGAGCAGCCAAUCAGAGAAGGGUUGUCUGGUAACCUCAAAAACGUGUGUCCAGCAUCUCUCUCUGCUACUAUAUAAGCCUGUCUGAGGCCGGAGCUGCUAGUUUUAGUCUGGAACAGAAAUAGGCAAGGUGACGAGCGAGCAUGUUUCCACUGUGUGCAGUUAGUCUGUUGGUUUUCUUGUCACUUGAGGGAAUCAGUGCACAGCACAAGCUAGUAAGUGUCCAGGUAGCCUGGAACAACAGUGGACUUGAAGCUGUUGAAGCUCGUAAGCAGGAGAUCAUUAAAGUCACCGAGCAGCUGAUCGAAGCCAUCAACAAUGGAGACUUUGAGGCCUACACGAAGAUAUGUGAUCCUGGCCUCACAUCCUUUGAGCCUGAGGCGCUGAGGAACUUGGUGGUGGGUAUCGACUUCCACCGCUUCUACUUUGAGAACGCUCUGUCCAAGACGAAGCAGCCCAUCCACACCAUCCUGCUGAACCCGCACGUCCACCUGAUCGGGGAUGAGGCGGCCUGCAUCGCCUACAUCCGCCUCACCCAGUACAUCGACGGCAGCGGCAUGCCUCGCACCAUGCAGUCAGAGGAGACCCGCAUCUGGCACCGCCGCGACAGCAAGUGGCAGAACAUCCACUUCCACCGCUCCGGCUCGCCCACAGUGCCCACCAAUUGAGAGGACCAUCCUAGACUACAAAACACUCUCCAGCCAACAGCAGUCAGCUGAACAGACCCUGCCUACCAAGUGUCCAUCAGCUCCUUCAGCCAAUCCCUGCCCAUGAUAGCUACAGCUCUGCCCUCUCAGUUUGUUGUUUACAUAUUGUUGCUGCUGCACUGAAGAUUAUUGUACAUGUGUAAAACAAAAACAAAAAAAAAGAUUGCGGGAGAAACCUUCCAAGUCCUGACAAUAUAAUUUUGUAGUGAGAGUGUGGUGUUUAUUCUUGGAUAUUGCCACCUGCAGCAUGUUUUUAUUUUCGAGGUUUUUAGAUCAGUAUGUUUGGAAUAGAAAAGUGGUUUUCAGAGGAGCCAGUUGUUCCAGCUGUUUGUUGUUUAUUUUUAUUUUUUUUUAUCAGGCUGGUCAAAUACGUGAAACAUCCAGUCAUCAUGUAGUGAAAGUUUUUCAUUUCAAUAUUGCAGAUAUAGAGGAGUCAUGACCUGUUGUGAUGUUUUUCGCCUUUGGGCACGAUGGCCAAUAUAUCACCAAUCUGCUUUUUACACAUGUAUCUUUUCUGAAUUGCUAUCCAUUAAAGCUCAGACACAAG